AACGGUUCCAGCUGCCUCACGAUCUUUUUCGCACGUUUUUUGUCGUAUGUAAUCUGUCUCGCAUCAUUUCCUGUUGUCACAUCCCAAUGAUCCCAACAGAUGCUUCUUAGUCUAUUUGAAUUUGAAAAACAUAUUGUCUAUCCAGCAGUGCUCCAGGAUGAACCGGACGAAAAUUGAAUAUUAAUUCUGAAUCUAAUUUUCGCAUUAUCCACAGUACUUAAUCACUAUCUUUUAUAUUCAGAAUAUUUUUUCACCCAAAUCAACCGCGCAACUGGAAUCGCUUGUUAAGUACACAAAUAUACGAAGCGUUUAAUAACAAGUCUACACGCGACGUAAUUUACUGAUAUUUCAAUAUUAUUCCAGCAUAACAUCGAAUAAUUUUCCAAAUUUAAUCACUAGUAGAUAUUCGAUCUUCAUAGAAAUCUCAACAAAUCAUAUAAUACAUUGCAAUUUGCAUAUGUCAAAAUGAAAAUGGUACAAAAGUAGGCCGGUUUCCAUUCUCCCACUCUGAUUUCGAUCCAAGCAGUCUACUUGGUAGGUGCACACAACAAUACUUGUCACUGCUGUUUGAAAUUGCAAGAGAGAAGCAAGAAGAAAUUUCACUCAGCACCAAGAUGGACCGAACGAGCGUUACAUCCCGAAUUCCGACCGGCUUGAGGGUUCCGAGAGGCUAUCGGGCCACCCAAGCAAUUGGAGGUAAAGCGGAAUCGGGAGGGAAAGUUCGUUUUCCAAGCAAGACUAUUCCAACCGCGAACGAGAUAGAUCCUGAAGAGAGCUUGAUUGAGGACGAAAAUUUUCCGCCGUUGUUCUAUGAAGACAUAGAGGAUACUGGAGACGACCCGUACGACUGGGAGCCGAUAAACAUUUCCGAGAUCGACGAGGUAUAUUUUCGGAAGCUGAAGGCUGAAUGGGAGCUUCAAAAAAUGAGAGUGGAAAACUCCAGAUGGCGGCAGGAGAAUCAACGGCUAAAAACAGCAGCAAAAGGGGUAAGACUAUUUAAUGCAAGUCCAGGGUCCCGCGGUAUAAAAGUGGCGACGAGUAAUCGCGAGUGUGUUGUUUUUCACCGUCGGAAAAACACACUGAACAUUUCGCCCCCCGCGCGUAAGAAAAGAAAGUGGAGUGAAAGUGCGAUUGCGAGCAACGACGACGGGCAGAAUAGUGUUGACCCCACGGGUGUGAUAAACAAUCAACGGCAACAAAACCAGCCGAUUAUCCCCGUGUCGGCGGUCCACUAUCAGCAGCAGUUUAUUCCCGUCUCUGCCGCCCAAUCACAGCAGUACGCGCCUUUCCCGCCCCACCAACCGCAAGCACAGGUCGGUAGCGAUGUGUUCGUGCAAAUUUUGCAAAUGAUGCAGAAGCAGCACCGAGAGAUGAUGACCCAACUGAUUCAACAGCAGCAGCAAAGUGAUGAGAAGCAUGAACGCUUUCUCCGUACGAUCGCAUCGUCAAUCAACGUGCAGGUACCACCGAAUCCGGAACAGAUCCUUGACUCUUCGGCCGGCAACAUCAAGGAAUUCCGGUUCGAGGCCGACUCCAACGUGACGUUUGCGGCUUGGUACUCGAGAUACGACGAUCUCUUCGAGAAGGAUGCUGCUAGAUUGGACGGUGAAGCAAAAGGUCGUCUUCUUUUGCGAAAGCUGGGUGCAUCGGAGCACGAACGCUUCCUGGAAACAGUGGCCAAGCUCAAGAGCCUGUUCGGAGCAAAAGAAUCGGUGAUCAGCCGUCGCUACCGAUGCCUGCAGAUAGCGAAAAAUCCUGCAGAGGACCAUGUGGCAUUCGCUUGCCGCGUAAACAAGGCUUGCGUGGAGUUUGAGCUGGGUAAGCUCUCGGAGGAGCAAUUCAAGUGCUUGGUCUACGUGUGUGGUUUAAAAUCGGAGAACGACGUCGAGAUUCGCACCCGCCUCCUCACGAAAAUAGAAGAGAGAAAUGACGUGACGUUGGAGCAACUUUCGGAGGAGUGCCAGCGGCUGUACAACCUGAAGCACGACAGCGCCAUGAUCGAAUCUCCGUCCACGUACGACCAAGUACAAGCGAUAAGAAAAUUUGGUGGGAAGCGGUACGAAAAGCGUGACCGUGAGUCACCGAAACAUCCUUCCAGUGACACCGAAUCCAAACCAGUGCCGGUGCCAUACCCCGAAAAACUGGAAGGAGGCGCAGGAAGCAACCAGUGUCCGCCAAGAUAUGUCUCCGUGGGCUUUUCUGGAACAAAAAUUCGCCUGCAACUCGAUACCGCCUCAGACAUCACCGUCAUUAGCAGGGAGAUUUGGCGGAGCAUUGGCAGUCCUGCGUUAUCGUCAGCAACGGUGAAGGCGAAGACGGCAUCUGGCAGCAUACUAUCGCUCGAUGGGGAGUUCGAGUGCGACGUCACCAUCGGAAGCAGUACACGACGUGAGCUCAUCCGUGUAACCGAGAAGCAGCUGCUGUUACUCGGAUCCGAUUUGGUCGACAGUUUCAACCUUUGGGCCGUCCCUAUGGACACCUUCUGCUGCCACGUGUCUGGAACGCCAGUGUCGACAGGUGCACUCAAGUCGUCUUUUCCAGAGGUCUUCAGCGAGAAGCUCGGCUUGUGCACCAGAACAAAAUUGAAGUUGGAGUUGAAAGAAAACGUUCGACCCGUCUUCUGUCCGAAGCGUCCGGUAGCUUACGCUAUGUAUGAUACCGUUGAUCGCGAGCUCGACCGGUUAGAGAAAUUGGACAUCAUCACCCCGGUCGAUUAUUCGGAGUGGGCCGCUCCGAUCGUCGUAGUCCGCAAGUCCAAUGGCUCCAUCAGGAUUUGCGGAGACUACUCAACGGGUCUGAAUGCAGCUCUCCAAUCACAGCAGUAUCCACUUCCACUUCCGGAUGACAUCUUCGCCAAGCUGGCUAAGUGUAAGAUCUUCAGCCAGAUAGAUUUGUCCGACGCCUUCUUACAGGUGGAAGUUGACGAGCAGUACCGUAGUUUGCUGACGAUCAAUACGCAUCGUGGUCUCUACCUCUACAACCGCCUGCCGCCGGGUUUGAAGAUCGCGCCUGGCGCAUUUCAGCAGCUCAUCGACACAAUGUUAGCCGGACUGAAGGGCACUUCUGGCUACCUCGAUGACGUCAUCGUCGGCGGAGAAACUGAAGAGGAGCACGACCUCAAUCUACGGGGUGUCCUGAAGCGAAUCCAAGAUUUCGGAUUCACGAUUCGUGUUGACAAGUGUUUGUUUCGCAAGCAGCAAAUCCGAUACUUGGGGCACAUCAUCGACAGUCGCGGGUUGCGACCAGAUCCGGCGAAAAUCGAGGCGAUCACCAAGCUGCCGCCUCCAGCCGAUGUAUCCGGUGUGCGAUCGUUUUUGGGGGCCAUCAACUACUACGGCAAGUUCGUCCCCAACAUGCGCAUGCUACGCUACCCGCUCGACAAUCUCCUCAAGGUGGAGACGAAGUUCAGCUGGAGUCCGGAGUGCCAGAAAGCGUUCGACCGGUUCAAGCAGAUUCACUCGUCGGAUCUUCUCCUCACACACUACGAUCCGAAGCGGGAAAUCAUCGUUUCUGCUGACGCUUCAUCCGUUGGACUUGGGGCUACCAUUAGCCAUAGGUUCCCAGAUGGAACCAUCAAGGUGGUCCAACAUGCAUCCAGGGCGCUCACGAAGGCAGAACAGGCCUACAGUCAGCCCGAUCGCGAAGGUCUGGCCAUCAUCUUCGCCGUCACGAAGUUCCACAAAAUGCUCUUCGGACGGCACUUCCGUUUGCAAACCGAUCAUCGCCCGCUGCUUCGUAUCUUCGGCUCUAAGAAGGGAAUUCCAGUGUACACUGCGAACUGCCUGCAACGCCUCGCCCUCAACUUGCUGCUCUACGACUUUGAAAUCGAGUACGUGUCCACUGAGAAGUUCGGCAACGCAGACCUGCUCUCCCGGUUGAUCGACCAGCACAUCAAGCCUGAAGAGGACUACGUCAUCGCGAGUCUCAAUCUGGAAGAGGAUAUUAGGUCAGUAGUAACUAAUACGGUUAAAGUGUUGCCUCUCAAUUUCAUAGUCGUUGCGCAAAGCACCCAAGCAGAUCCGCUGCUCCGUCAAGUCCACCGCUACGUUCAGAACGGCUGGCCCCAGUCAACACUCGAUGGGUCAGAACUUCGCCGGUUCCAAUCAAGGCAGGAAUCGCUCUCUGUGGUGGAUGGGUGUAUUUUGUUUGCCGAACGACUCGUCAUUCCGUCGCUGCAUCGGAAACGGUGCCUCGAACAGCUGCACCGUGGCCAUCCGGGCAUGCAGCGAAUGAAAGCCAUCGCUAGGAGCUACGUGUACUGGCCUACGUUGGAUGCUGACAUCGUCAGCUUCGUCAAGGCAUGCCAGCAGUGUGCGUCUGUAGCUCGAUCACCUCCUCACUCUCCACCGGUGCCGUGGCCCAAAUUGACCGCUCCGUGGCAACGCGUCCACGUCGACUUCGCCGGUCCAAUCGAAGGCGACUACUACCUGCUCGCUAUCGAUUCGUUCUCUAAGUGGCCCGAGAUCAUCCGAACGACCCGCAUCACCUCUGCUGCGACCAUCAGCAUCUUGCGUGCGUUGUUCGCGCGGCUGGGUAUGCCCGUAACCUUGGUCAGUGACAACGGUACCCAGUUUACCAGCACCGAAUUUGCCGAUUUCUGCGCUUCCAAUGGCAUCGAGCACCUCACGACAGCACCGUUUCAUCCACAAUCAAAUGGCCAGGCGGAACGAUUCGUGGAUACCUUCAAGCGAGCCGUCAAGAAAAUCCGAGAGGGGAGAGGAUCCAUUGAAGAAGCACUGGAUGUCUUCUUGCUGACGUACCGAAGCACGCCCAGUCGUGCUCUGCCGGAUCAGAAGUCGCCAUCUGAGAUCAUGUUUGGUCGCAAAAUCCGAACGUGUCUCGAGCUUCUGCGUCCACCACCGGUACGUGUCCCAGUGCCAACCGACGAUGACCGCAAGCAACCGAGGUCCUUCAACCGAAACGAGACCGUGUACGCCAAACUACAUGGUCAUACCGGUUGGAAGUGGGCUCCUGGUGUCGUCGUCGAGAAGAUCGGAGACGUUAUGUACAACGUGUGGGUCGAAGAUCGCCGAAUGCUACGCUCGCAUAUCAACCAACUUCGGAGUCGCCUUGCUGCUGGCGCGAUACCGAAGCAACCCACUGUACAUGCCACCUUAAACCAACAUUCGCUGCCGCUGGACAUUUUGCUGGAUGCCUGGGAUCUCCCAAGCCAAUCACCAGGUCUAUCUUCACCAGAGCCUGUCUCCAGUGCUGAGAGAACCAUGGUAGGUUCCGGGCCGACUCUUGCAACGUCUACGCCACGUCAUGAGGUCUCGGCGUUCGUCCCGUCAUCAGCAUCGUCAUCAUCAACAACAACAACGCCAACAUCGACAGAGUUCGAGUCCGCUGUCGAAGUAGAACUAGCUGUAGACAUCCCUAGGCGCUCUUCACCACUAUGA